AAGUGCCUGAGAAAUGGCCUAGCGAACUACUACUUUCAUCAAUGUACAUGAUUCUUCUUGUCCAUAAACUCCUAUAAAAGCUAAGCAGUUCUGAUCAAAUUUUUUGGCUAAGGAAAAGCAAGUAAUGGGGAGAAUUGGGGCUACAAUUCCUGGUUUUUGCUUAAACAGGAUUAGGCCUCUAGUUCGAAUCCGGUCCCCGAUUGUACAUUUCAAGAACCAUUUUGAUGAUGAUGAUCAUCAUCAGAAGGAACAUGAGAAGGCAUCCAUUAAGGUUAAUGUUAAUGUUGAUGUGAAGGAGGCUUCAGUGAGUAAUGUGGUUGGAAGGAAAAUCAUGGUAGUGAUUGAUUCAAGUGCUGAAGCUAAGAAUGCUUUACAUUGGGCUUUAACUCAUACUGUCCAGAGUCAUGAUGCUUUGAUUCUUCUCUAUGUUACUAAGGUUUCUUCUAAUCCAGGUAAUGAAUGUAACAAAGACAUAAAUCCACGAGUUUCUCAAUUUCUCUCUUGCAUGAAGAUAUUGUGCCAACAGAAAAGACCUGAGGUAAAAGUAGAGGUGAGCGUAGCACAAGGAAAAGAGAAAGGUGCAGCAAUUGUGGAAGAGGCCAAAAGGCAAGGGAUUUCACUACUUGUGUUGGGUCAGAAAAAAGGUUUCAAUACAACAUGGAGACUAGUAAUGAUGUGGGCAACUGGGAAUAAUAAGAUCACUUCCGGUGGUGGAAUGGUGGAGUACUGCAUCCAAAAUGCUACUUGCAUGGCCAUUGCUGUGAGGAGAAAAAGCAAGAAACUUGGUGGUUAUUUGAUCACCACCAAACGACAGAAAGAUUUCUGGCUUCUGGCUUGAUGUAGUGUAUCAUCAAUAUAUGACGAUGUCAGUUUCCAUCAUAAUUUAUUUCUUCUUGAUCAACUCAACUUAAUAAAUUUAUAUAAUUGGACUAUAUAUUACUAUUUCUAUCUUAAAAUAAUAACAUACAUAUUUGAUUUUCAAAUUUA